AUGCUAUUUCCACUACUUCUGAUGAUUGGUACAAAAAGUAUAUAUAACGGAUGGCUUAAUAAUCCUAAUCACUAUCCAAAUUUUACUAUUAAAAAUAACUCCUUAUUUCGGCUUUCUAAAAAUAAAUCAAAUCUAACAUCUGAAUUCGCAUGGAAAGAAGUCGUUCCUAUUGAAUUUCGCGAACAAUUUGUAAGUGAGAACCAUUCUGUACCAACAGCUGGUCAUCUCGGUAUUUUUAAAACUUACAAUCGUUUAGCAUUAUCCUAUUACUGGCCCGGUAUGCAUGAAAGUGUUGUAAAAUACGUAGGUUCUUGUUCGGUUUGUUUAGCUUACAAGUCGCAAAAUCACACUACAUUGGGAGAAAUGGGUCGUCCAAAGCAGUGCUCACGCCCCUAUCAAAUGAUUUCUGUUGACUUUGUAGGUCCUUUGCCUGUCACUCGUAAGCAAAAUAGUUACAUGCUUGUAGUAACCUGCUGCUUCACUAAAUAUUGUAACAUCUUCCCGCUACGUCGCGCUACUGCAGAUGCAGUCGUGAAAGUUUUAGAAGACUCAAUAUUUUUAGUUUAUGGUAUACCACAAACUAUCUUUUUAGAUAAUGGCAGCCAUUUUAUUAGCUCAACUACUAAAGCUUUGUUUAAGAAAUAUAAAGUCCCUAAUGUAUAUUACACACCCAGGUACACGCCCCAAAUAAACUUAGUCGAACGCUACAACAAAACAAUAGUCACCAGCCUAUCUACCUUCGUUGAAAAUGACCAUAGGUCCUGGGACACUUACAUUCCUCAGGUACAAUUCGCAAUCAAUAAUUCAGUAAACGAAGCGACUGGGUACACUCCCUCUUUCUUAGUGUACGGUAGCGAGUUAGUGUUAUGCGGUUCGCACUAUACAGACUCUGACUUAGGUGACGAAGUUUUGUUCUUGCCACGCGACGUAUACGCUGAGAACUUAGGUUGUCUGUCAUCAAUAUUCAAUGAUGUGCAAGCAUCAUUGUGGAAUGCACAUGUGAAGAAUACCACACACUAUAAUUUGCGCAGAAAACCAGCUGAAUACAACGUAGGCGACGAAGUCUUUAAGCGUACAUACAUAUUGAGCGAUAAAGACAAAUAUUUCAGUAAAAAGUUGGCUCCAAAAUACAUUAAAUGUCGAGUAAGUGAAAAACGAUCACCACUUGUAUAUGUACUAGAAGAUAUGUCCGGAAACAACCUAGGCGUUUGGCAUAUCAAGGAUCUAAAGCUCUUUGUUUUAACGGACAAUGGAAUAGCGGAGGCUUUAAACGAUUCUGAGUUUGAAUUUUCGGGAGAUGAUUCAGAUGAAGAUUCGAAGUUUGUGCCGCCAGAACUUAACCAAACAGCCAAUGAUCAUCAAAUCAGUGAGUCAAGCAGUUCAGAUGAAGAGGGAAACACAUUGGUUCCUGCAGCUGCUUCCCCGGCGUUCUCUAGCAGUUCUGAUAUCGCAUCGACGUCAUCACGGCCCCGCUCAAAAGGACGUGGCAGCAGUGUUUCACGUGGACAUAGACGUGGCCGCGGUCGUGGACGUGGUAGUUUGAGCGAGGAUACUUCAUGGCCGCAAUCGUCGCCUUUGUCAACCCACCAGAUUGCAAUUAGGAAUCGUCAACAUAAUGAUGGCUUUCGGAUUCAGAAUAUAGGAAUAACAAUGAUAAUGUCAGUACUGCAGUAUCCACAAAUUGAUAUGUACUGGUCAGAAAAGUGGAAAGUUUCCAUAGUUGCAAUAGCUAUGACAAGGAACAGAUUCUUUUUUAUCAGACGACGGCUGAAGUGUGUUUAUGAUGCUGAAGUGACAGCAGAACAGAAGAUACAAAAAAAUUGGAAAAUACAGCCGCUGUUUAAUCGAAUCUUGGAGAUGUGUCACGAACAAAACCGGCCCAAGAAUAUUGACGAAAUGAUUAAUCCGUUUACUGGAAAAUGUCCGAUGCACCAAUACUGUCCUAACAAACCAAACCCUGUUGGGCUGAAGGUUCUUGCUACGCCGCAAGGCGCAGUUUGUGACGUGGUGAUUUAU